AUGGCGGGUUCUCGCGCCGCCACGCCGCACGCGCUUGGCCUGCCGGCUCGCAAGAGUACGACGAGCGAGCCGUUCUUGCUAGUUCGCGGCGGGGUGCAUCACUGGGACGAAAAUGGCGUGUUUGCAAAUGAGACGGUGCUGGGGGUGCUGCCGCCGCGUGAGGUGGAGAGGGUGCAGGGCGAGGAGAGGAGAUUUGUUAGGGCGUGGAUGGACGAGUGGCAGAAGAAGAAGGUGCGCAAGCGGCCACGCUUGGGACUCCAAGCCCUGGAAAAGCACUUCCAGCUCGCCCCUGACAUCGCGUCGCCUGCGGACCUGGAGCUUGAAAGACCGCCGAGCCCGACGUAA